GCCAAUUCUUGGGCCUGGGCCCAUUAGUGGAUUGGCCCAUCCACAUUGAGCGAGCCAUCCUAGUUCCUUCCUCUCGUGACUAACACCUCACCUCCUCCGGCGACGCACGCAGCCCCCGGCGUGCGCUCGCCUAUCUCCAAUCAUCCACCGCGCCGCCGCAGAGGCCUCGUCCUCACCUUCCCCGUAGGAAGCCGAAGUACAGCCAGCAGCGUCGCCAUCAGCACCGAUCAUGGCCGACUACGAGCAGGAGCAGGAUAUGGAGGUGGAGGCACUGCAGGCCAUCCUCAUGGACGACAUCAAGGAGAUCGACCCGAGUGAGAGUGGGAUCGCCACCACCGCCCGGUGCUUCCAGAUCCUACUCUCUCCUCAGGAUGAUGAUUUUGAUGAGUCAGCUUAUGUCCCAGUUCAACUGGCCCUGAUUUUUGCGCACACUGAGAAGUACCCCGAUGAACCUCCACUACUAAAUGUGAAAAGUGUACGAGGGAUUAAACCACAUGAUCUUGCAUCCCUGAAGGAAAAGCUUGAGCAAGAGGUUAUUAUACCACAUGGUGAAGCUGUUACUGUAGAGAGCUUUUUGGCGUGGAGAGACCGAUUUGAAGCUGAGUUGGCCUUACAGCGUGCUAAACUUAUGCCAGAUUCAGCUCUUACAUCCUCAAAGGAAAAGAAACUCACAGGACGGCAGUAUUUUGAAAGUGGAAGGCAUGCAGUGAAAGGAGCAAGCACAGUUGCUGAUGAAGAUGAAGAAGAGGAGGAGGAUAUUGAAUUCGAUGAUGAUUUUGAAGACGAUGAAGAGGACAUGCUUGAGCAUUAUCUAGCUCAACAAUCAGAGAACUCAGCAGCUUAACCUUCUAGGCCAAACAAAGUACCUUUUCGGGCGCAGCUUUACCUUAGGAAGCCAAAUGUUGUUAUAUGUUGCAACUGUAGCUCUAGCGCGCACUAUUUUUUUAUGUUUCUCAUCAUUUGGUUGUAUUUGUGGAUGCUUUCUAGUUUUAUCAAGGGGGCUGUGGGUUCUCAUUAAUAUAUACGCUGGAGAGAUAGAAGAUCAAGCUGCCUAAUACUUCGCUGUAUAAUUUACUGUAUUUUUGAUCGGCUACUACGUGUAUUUUGGCUUGUGGAGCAUGUUGCGUGUUUGGGACAAGUAAUUUAUGGAAAGAUAUUCAAUA